GUCAUGCCCGCAGCUCACACUCGGAGACGGAGGUAGGCUGAGCAAACACACACUCACUGUAGUUUCUGUGUCUAAACUUAGAAUCUGUUUCAUUAUUAGACACAAACGCGAAGCUUAAUUUAAGGUUUUAUUUUUGUAGUCAGAAGUGUCAGAAGUCGCUGUUCGUCCACAGAACACUGCGUUUUCCAGCUUUUUAUAGUGAAUUGUAGGAUGCGUGUCUUCUCCACUGCUGUUUGACACAUUUCCCUCCGUGGGCUGGCUCCGCUCAUCACCACCGCCGGGAAGUCGGGCUCAUUAAAACUUUUCUGGCUGUACUGUUGUUGUUGUUGUUGAUGCCACGGGAAUGGGACCGCGCCAACGGGAGAGCAUGUCCGCGCUGUGCGGGAAAAGUCUGCUCUGGACCGCGCUGCUUCUCUGGCUCAGCGCGCUGGUGGACGGAACCUGGAAGACGGGACUUUACAAGAGCUACUCAGGCGGGACUCACAGCGCAGCCUCUCACUCCUCAGUCUAUCAGAAAAGGAACUGGUGUCCUCAUACGGUCACAAAGACGGUGACGUGCCAGGUGCAGAACGGGACAGUUCUCCAGAGAGUCUACCAGACAUGCCGCUGGCCACAGGGAUGUACGGGAGGGAGCUAUAAGACAGUUGUUAGGCCCUCCUACAAAGUGGUGUACCGCACAGUGACCUCGCUGGAAUGGAAAUGCUGUCCAGGUUUCAGUGGUGCUGCCUGUGAAGAAGACCCAGGGAACCAGCUUGUAGCUCAGGAAGCUGUAAGGAAACCAUCUACACUACGACGGCCGCACGCACGCACGGGAGAAGCAACGUCUAACUGUCUCAACUGCAGCCGCGUCACAGCUCUGAGUGACAGACUCAAUUCACUGGAGGCAAAGGUCCAAUUACUCACCGCCCCUGCCUCCACAUCGCAUCGCCACACUCAGGUUAAAGGAGGAACUGCACCAGAGGCCUCAUUACUGAUCGGGGCUGUUACAGCGCAGGGAGCUCCCGGUGAGCAGGGACCUGCAGGUCCUCAGGGUGAAAAGGGGAGAGAUGGGCUUCCUGGCAGAGAUGGGAAGCCAGGGUCUCGGGGGCUGCCAGGUCCCAGUGGGCCUCGGGGGGAGGGCGGGACGAGGGGCCCAUCUGGAGGCCCUGGACUGAAGGGAUCGUCCGGACCAGCAGGUCCUCGCGGUCCACCGGGAUUCCCCGGAGAGAGAGGUCUACCGGGCCCACCUGGGCCUCCAGGGCCUCCAGCACCAGCCAGUGCCCGCGUCCCUGAACCAGAUCAAACUCGCGGAAAAGAUCCUUUCUUCACCAACACUUUCCAUGACUCACAACGGCUGCCUGUUCCAGGACCUCAGGGACCCCCCGGGCCUGUUGGUCCUCCAGGUCCAAAAGGCCCAGUAGGACCAACUGGCCCUGCAGGACAGAAUGGAAAACCUGGAGUUUCUGGAACACACGGCCCUGUGGGGCCAAAAGGAGAGCGUGGAGAGAGAGGUCCUCUAGGUUACCCAGGAGAGAGAGGCUUCAGAGGCGAGCCGGGAACACCAGGUCCUAAGGGAGAGGCAGGAGAGAAGGGCUUGCCGAGCAAUCUAAAUGGGGACGGAAUACAUCAGAUCAGAGAGGCGCUGAAGAUUUUAGCCGAGAGAGUUUUAAUCCUCGAGACUAUGAUCGGUAUUCAUGAGCCUGAUCUAGGGUCUGGGGAUGGACCGUUUGGCACAGCCUCCCCUAGUUUCUACAGAGAUAAACGAGCAGGUGCGCUCCCAUACCGACUUGCUUCUCCUCUGUCCUCCGACACCAAGGUUCGAGGGAAGUAGGCCCCCCCCCCCCCCCACACUCACCCUGAGGAUCACAGGCUGGGUUGACUCCCCCUUCUAUAGGUCUCAUCGACACUCAACAGAUUUAGACCUUAUCUGAUACCUUCUUUGGGCUUUACCAUCACAUUUAAGAUGGGGGGGGCACCUCAGGGAAACUUCACUGAUACUUCACUAUGCUCCUCCUCCAUCGGGAACCUGAGAACUAGUUUGACCCCCACCUGUUGCCACAACGCCUAUCAAUACAUAAUCCACCCAGCCGCACCUUCUGGGUCUCAUUUUCUUUGGCUUUCGGAGCCAAAACCUCAGAUCGUGUUUGUGUGAAAUAAAAGAGGAAAUCUGAAUCUCCCGCUUGUUCUCGAGCCGUUCUGAAAAGCGAGGGUCGCGGAGGUUCAGAGAAAUCACACGUGAGAAAACAGACUGGCUUUGUUUGUCUUUCACUGUGUGUGACUGUAAUCUGACGAGAUUCCAUUAUUUAAGUACUAUAUUGAGCAUGUACAGUUUGCAGGACACAAUUACAAACCUCUUCUAGUAUUAUAUUAUCAUUUUGUUAUUCUUCUAUCCUAUUGUUAAAACGCCAUGUUAUGUAGUGCACUAAAAUAUGAAGUCAUCUCUACUUUGGAGUUUUGUUUGCUAAACAGUGAUUUGUUGUUUUCUGGUGUGUGUGUGUUUUGCUCCUUUAGUACACACAGAUUAAGUGACUUUAUAUAAUAGUACUAUAUAUACAUAUAUAUAUAUAUAAUGCGUGCAGAAAAACUCAACUAUCUGCAUUUAAUUUUGGUGCUGCGUAUCAAUGGACACAACCAUUAAUAAUAAUAAAGAAAAGGUGAAUAAAUGAAACUUGACAGUCCAUUUCUAUAGAUUUUUCGACACACACACAAGGAAAUAACAAAUCUCUUCAUGGAACUUGAACAUGUUUUACCGUCACUCUGUUGGUUAAAUCAGACUGCUUUUACUGUCCUGAAGACUUAACAAUUGUUUUGUUUUUUCCUUCUUAUAUCAAACUUAUUGUGAAACUAUUUAAAAAAAAAAAAAAUUCAAAUCAAUUGUAGUUUAUUUUGUAUGAUGUGUAACCAUUUCAUAUUUUGUUUGUGUUACUGUGUUAAGAUAAUCCUGCCUA